AUGUCUCAGACCGCUGUGUCUCAGACCGCUGUGUCUCAGACCGCUGUGUCUCAGACCUCUGUGUCUCAGGCCGAUGUAUCUCAGACCGCUGUGUCUCAGACCGCUGUGUCUCAGACCGAUGUGUCUCAGACCGCUGUGUCUCAGACCGCUGUGUCUCAGACCGCUGUGUCUCAGACCGCUGUGUCUCAGACCUCUGUGUCUCAGACCGCUGUGUCUCAGACCUCUGUGUCUCAGACCGCUGUGUCUCAGACCGCUGUGUCUCAGACCGCUGUGUCUCAGACCUCUGUGUCUCAGACCGCUGUGUCUCAGACCUCUGUGUCUCAGACCGCUGUGUCUCAGACCGCUGUGUCUCAGACCGCUGUGUCUGACCGCUGUGUCUCAGACCGCUGUGUCUCAGACCUCUGUGUCUCAGACCGCUGUGUCUCAGACCGCUGUGUCUCAGACCGCUGUGUCUCAGACCGCUGUGUCUCAGACCGCUGUGUCUCAGACCGAUGUAUCUCAGACCGCUGUGUCUCAGACCGCUGUGUCUCAGACCUCUGUGUCUCAGACCGAUGUAUCUCAGACCGCUGUGUCUCAGACCGCUGUGUCUCAGACCGUUGUGUCUCAGACCGCUGUGUCACUCGAGGGCCCAUAGG